CGCGCUGGUCUCGCGAGAGUAGCCGCCUCGCUGCUGCUGGAAUCAAAGCCCCGUUCGAGAAGUGGAUGCCGCCCGCCCGCUCGCCUGCCUGACGGGCGUUCACUUGUUCGCUCGCUCGCUCGCUCGCUCGCUGCGGUCACCAUGCGAAGGUUAUUCCGCUGGAUCCGCUCCGGCGUCGAGCCUCCGAGGCAGCCGCUGCUCCCGUUCGACUGCAGCGUCGGCGACGUGGUCUAGCGAAAAGAGCUCAGGUCGCCUCGUCGGGCAGGUGCGAACCGAUGGAAGGCAGCUCGGCGUGUCCCGGAUUGACGACGACGACGACGGCGGCGGCGGCGGCGUGCGCCAGGCGGCUCGAUGAGUGUCCAAAGUAGCAGCGGAAGUUUGGAGGCGACGCCAUCUUGGUCGCCGACGAUUUCGCAACAUUUGACGGCGACCGCCAAGCUCAACGAAGGCCCCAUGGAGGAGCUGCACAGCUUGGACCCCCGGAGGCAGGAGCUUCUGGAGGCCAGGUUCACAGGAGCCGUCAGCGGCAGCACGGGAGGCAGCACGGGGAGCGCCAGCGGCGGUGCCAAGGGUCUCGCCAACGAGUCUUCCAACCACAGCUACGGAAGUCUUGGCUCAUCCAGCGACAAGGAGUCUGAGACCCCGGAGAAGAAGCACUCCGAAUCAUCCAGGGGGAGGAAAAGGAAGGCUGACGCCUAUUCGGAGAGCAGUCAGGGGAAGUCUGCUACACGCGGACCCAAGAUCAGCGACUACUUCGACUUCCAGGGUGGAAAUGGCUCCAGUCCAGUUCGAGGCCUGCCAUCAGCUCGCCACUCGGCGCCUGGCUCAAUUAUCCGCCAGAACAGCUCCUCCCCCACCAGUUUAUGUUUUGGGGAACACAAUCUCAGAUCCAAUAAAUUUGUCCAGACGGAGUUAACAGGACUGAAAAUUGUUGCUCUUGAGAGCAACAAGAGUCUUGACCUGGAGAAGAAAGAGGGCCGAAUAGAUGACCUUCUCAGGGCCAACUGUGACUUGCGGAGGCAGAUCGAUGAACAACAAAAACUGCUGGAGAAAUACAAGGAGAGGCUCAACAAGUGUAUCACGAUGAGCAAGAAGCUUCUCAUCGAGAAGAGCACCCAGGAGAAGCAGUCGUGCCGCGAGAAGAGCAUGCAGGACCGCCUCCGUCUCGGCCACUUCACCACCGUCAGACACGGAGCGUCCUACACAGAGCAGUGGACCGACGGAUACGCGUUCCAAAACUUGAUCAAGCAACAAGAAGGCAUCAACCAGCAGAGAGAGGAUAUCGAGCGACAGCGAAAGCUGCUCGCCAAGAGGAAGCCUCCGAACCCGGCGUCCCCCUCCCUCUCCGUGGCCUCCGCCUCUGAGCCCAAGCAGAGAAAGACCAAGGUGGUCAACGGCAACGAUUCCGACCCCUUCCUCAAGCCGUCGCUGCCCCAGCUAUUGACCCUUGCCGAGUACCACGAGCAGGAAGAGAUAUUUAAGCUUCGCCUUGGCCAUCUGAAGAAGGAAGAAGCCGAGAUCCAAGCGGAGCUGGAGCGCUUGGAGCGUGUGAGGAACCUUCACAUCAGAGAGCUGAAGAGGAUCAACAACGAGGACAGCUCAGCGUUCAAAGAGCAUCCCACUCUGAACGAACGCUACUUGGUGCUGCACUUGCUGGGCAGGGGCGGCUUCAGCGAAGUCUACAAGGCUUUUGACUUGUUUGAGCAGCGCUACGCAGCUGUGAAAAUCCACCAGCUCAACAAGAACUGGAGGGAGGAGAAGAAGGAGAACUACCACAAGCAUGCGUGCAGAGAGUACCGGAUACACAAACAGCUGGACCAUCCCAGAAUAGUCAAACUGUAUGACUAUUUCUCCCUGGAUACCGACACCUUCUGUACGGUUCUGGAGUUCUGCGAAGGCAACGACCUGGACUUCUACCUGAAGCAGAACAAGCUGAUGUCGGAGAAGGAGGCCCGCUCCAUCGUCAUGCAGAUUGUCAGCGCCCUGCGCUACCUCAAUGAGAUUAAGCCUCCCAUCAUUCACUAUGACCUCAAACCUGGUAACAUAUUAUUAGUGGACGGAACUGCAUGCGGAGAAAUCAAAAUCACAGACUUCGGCCUGUCCAAGAUCAUGGAUGAUGAUAAUUACGGCGUGGACGGGAUGGACCUCACAUCCCAGGGAGCCGGUACUUACUGGUAUCUCCCUCCAGAGUGUUUUGUGGUGGGGAAGGAGCCGCCCAAAAUUUCAAACAAGGUGGACGUGUGGUCUGUGGGAGUCAUCUUCUUCCAGUGCCUCUAUGGGCGCAAGCCGUUUGGUCACAACCAGUCUCAGCAGGACAUCCUGCAGGAAAACACCAUCCUCAAAGCCACGGAGGUCCAGUUCCCCGCAAAACCACAGGCCAGCACGGAGGCCAAGGCAUUUAUCCGGCGCUGCCUGGCGUACCGCAAGGAGGACCGCUUCGACGUGCACCAGCUGUGCUCCGACUCGUAUCUCCUCCCCCACAUGAGACGCUCCAACUCGUCCGGCUCGCCGCAGCCCGCCGCCGCCGCCGCCUCGUCGCUCGCCGCCUACUGAUCGGCUCUCGCUGGGAUCGACGGAAGCGUCUGGCCACUCGCAGGCAGAAUUAAACGGCAAUGGAUCAUCGUUUGCGGAUUUUUAACCACAGCUCUUCCAGAAUGGCUCAAUUAGCAAAGGAGGCGAAUGAAAGGGAAAUCUUAGCAAGUAGAUGGGGAAGUCGCGGACCGUCGUGCUCCGGUUUUAACUACGAAAGAGGAAAAUCGACUGCAAUCGAGGCAGAGGAACACAACGGGGCUUUGGUGCACGAUAGUCAUGAAGCCCUCGUGAGACUUUUGAACAGCUCGCAGACGGCGCGUCGCCGGCCGCGUGAAGCUACGUCAGAAAACCGGCCGGCGGCUCCGAGGAAGGGACUUGGACAAGUUUGUGUGCCCGUGAACACAAAGGAUGAUGCAUCUCAUUGUUGGAGGGGGAAAAAAAAAAAAAAAAAAUCCAGAUUUAAAAAAAAAAUUUAAAAUAAUAAUAAGAAUCUGUUGUUGAUUUGCAUUUCCCCUCCAGUUUGCGAUCUUGCCGCUGUCGCAGGUUUGUUGCGUUUCAACAGCAGAGUUCUUAGUCCACAUAUUAGGACAUCGUCUGAAUCCAUCACGGCUGUCUAGGAAAAGUCGUGCACCGCCCUGGGCUCAGCGGGACAGAACUGCCGACCGGAUCUGCCGGCCGCUGGCAAAUCCAUGCGGGGGCUUUGCCCUUCCUCCCAGUAGCUGACGUCGCGGAAGCUCAUCUCGUUGCUGCUAGGUGUGUUGCUCUUUGUAAUGCGCGAAUGGCUUUUGGCCUCGAUUCACUUGAAUCGUUGGACCGUGUGGAUUAUUGUUUCGCAGUCACGUACAAGUCUGACGUUUUAAGGAGCAGGAGAGGAAAUGCUCUGAUUGAACAUAAAAGCAACUGCAAGCAAACAGUCGGAGGAAAAAGUAGCUGCGUCCUUUGGAAAUGUUCAAUUUCUGCAUAAAUUGGUCAUCAAAUGUAAUCGGAUUUUCAUCUCAACCACAAGAAAAAAUAAACAAACUAAUACUACAAAAAUAAUUAUAUAGUUUCAUCUUUUUAUACAGCAUAACAAACAUUGACAGAACAGAGAGGGGGAAACUAAGUGAAUCCUUGGCUUUAAUAAGUGCUUGACCCUUGAGCAACAUACCCAAACGUUUCCUGUAGUGGCAGAUCAGAAUUUUGAACCGUUCCUCUUGACUAAACUGUCACAGUUCCGCAAGAUUCCUGCAGGGAUGUCUGCUGUGAAUCGCUCUCUUGAGCUCAAGCCACAGCAUCUCAAUGGGGUUGAGGUCAGGACUUCGACUGGGCCACUCCAGAACCCGUAUUUUCUUCUCCUGAAGCCAUUCUCUUGUUGAUUUGGAUCCUUGUACCGCUUCAGCACCCAUCCUCUUUUGAGCUUCAGCUUUUGGACAGAUGGCCUCCCGUUCUUCUGCACAAUAUCUUGAGGAUGAAACUUGUCAAUUCAUUUUUCCAUUGAUUUUUAGCAAGCCGUCCAGGCCCCGAGGAAGCAAAGCACGCCCAUACCAUGAUGGCGCCUCCACCAUGCUUCACAGGUUUUGAUGUUGCACAAUUGCUGCCAAAGGGUCAUGGGUCAACCAUUUAUUAAAUCCAAAGGUUCACUACUCUGUCCUGUGAAUAUUUUCAAUAAAAAGGAGAAGAUUUCUUUGAUGUGGUAUUAGUUUAAGCAGACUUUAUUCUUGUGACCACAGACUCAAUUUUAUGACCAAUUUAUGCAGAAACAAGAAAUUCUGGCGGUUUUACAUCCUUUUUCUUGCUCUUUAGGGGUUGAACGUCUUCAGAUAUUUGUGGGGAGUCGAUUCUCACGUGAUGACGACGCCGUUAAUAUUUUUCAUUUGUUAACUCGCUGGGAGUGCAGCUGUUUGCCUUCAGCCUCCAAAUCUCCCCGCCAAAGACAUUUGCUCCCGUCGCCCCAGCCCCGCGACCCCCUCAUGCAAUCAGACACACAUUCAAACACCUUCACAGCCUCGCAGACAGUCGGAAAUUGUUGAAGUCUAGCAGCAAUUUACGUAACGCCGCUGCAGGGUUGCUACUCACUAUCCGUAGUGUAAAUUAAACACAUUUCUAAAAAAAAUGUACAGAAUGAGGGACUGCUUUAUCAAUACUGAAUUGUUGCUCGAGUUUGUUUCGUUCUGACUGUUGUGAGGCAGUGAAGGGGUCUUGAGUGUGGUGUGGAAUGAAGGCUUGAGCAAAACACUAGUGCUAGUUACUUGGCCCUGACCGAUAAAUUGUCCGAUAUUACCCCUUUUUUUUGAAUUGGCAAAAAUCGUCCGGUUUGUUUUGUUUUGUUUUUAUAUAACACAUUACAAAGAUGAAGAAAAAAACUCAUCUAAAAAAUAUGACUCAAAAAAUCGUUAGGUUAUUCCGAUUAUUCUCUGUGAAACAAAUAGUUAAUGACAAAAGCUCGUCCUCGUUUCAUCGUCAAAGCAGACGUGACACUAUUCCAUCCAUCCAUUUUCUGAGCCGCUUCCCCUCACGCGCGUCGCAGGGCACAUACAUACAUACAAACAAACAACCACCCGCACGGGCAAUUUAGAGUCUUCAAUAACCUAGCAUACAUGUUUUUGGGAUGCGGGAGGAAAGCGGAGUGCCCGGAGAAGAGCCACGCAGGCACGGGGAGAACAUGCAAACUCCACACAGGCGGGAGCGGGGAUCGAACCCCGGUCCUCAGAACUGUGAGACGCUCCAACCACGCGACAGUAUAUUUUUGGUACGUUUGACGACAGAUUUGCAUGUUUUGCAAGUGAGCGUGCUACCCGUCAAAUAUCUCCACGCACUUGAGGCACCGCUGCUCUGCGCAGGCCUGUCGCAUUCAGCCAUCAUGUGGCGUCCGCGUAGUUGAAGGCAAAACACGCGACGGGCGAUUCAUCCGCUUCAAGUUCACCCGUCAUUGCGGAGAGGCAACGUCGACGUGUCGAUUCGUCGCUUCAACCCCUGUUGCUCCAACGUGUGUUGUUGAUUUCGACGACUCAACGCUUCAAAGGCCAGAGAGAGAGAGUUUUGUUAUUUAACAAAACCAGAAAACCAGUUUGACUGAAACAUCCCCAGAGUGAAAGUCGCUCAUGCAAUCCGUGUCCUUUCCCCCCCUUUUGGGAGGAAGCAGACACGCGACCCUCUUGUUCGGUUGGCGGCGUGAAGCGCAAAGCUCGUUUCAUGACGUUGAACGCGUGUAGACGGACGUCAAGCGCAGCCGUUCGGAAGCGACCUCGACCGGCGCUCGGCCGGACCGUUCAAAUGCAAUAACGAUUGCCGUCGCCGUCUCGGUUGCCGCGUGGGCUCGCACGAGUGUCGGCGACGAGCUGGCAAAACGUUUGAGAUUUCGAGUGACGUUCAGGCUUCCUUCGAAAGUAUGGAACUGGAUUUCACGAAUUUACAUGUCUGGAAAAGUAUGCAAAAUGUUGUAUGGAAAAAUAUUUAUCUUUCCAAGACUGUUAUGACAUCUCUAACCCAAACAAUUGGAUCUGUGUGGUGGUGUUUUUGUUUUUGAAGGUGCUUGGAAGUGCAGCUACGUUGGUGUGAGAGCACACAAUAUGAGACCAUGGUCUUAGUGAAUAAUUCAUUCUGAUUGGCUCAGAAACUUCCAUCAUUUCAGCUGAUCACGUACACCCUUCGAACGUCUCAAGUCGUUCCCGUCAAAACGAGCGAACGGAGCAACCUGACGCAGUCCGAUUUUCUGCAAAGGGACAGAAAUGAGCAAAUUUAAAAACAACGAGUGAGUGAGUGAGUGAAUUAUCUAUUGAUUUGGUAGAUGAAUUGAGCGAAAAAUGACGACGGAAGCCGCACAAAAAGCUAAAUCUCCGAUUGAAAAUAACAAACUAGACGUUUAUAACGCCGAGACACAAAAAGGGAAAAAUACGAAGUCAACACGUCACCGUUGAUGUUCGGAAUGAGACCUGCGGCAAUUUGAUGACGAAAACCACAGAGGGGACGAAAAGCGUGGCCGGCCUGAGACCUGCACAGAUACACAAUAUGGAUGUGGAAUUAACAGAGGUAGGGUUUCAAAUUAAGAUUUCAAAACGGGUGAGCUUUGAAAACACGGUUAGGGGUUCCAAGUAGGGUUUUAAAAACGGUUAUGGUUUAAAAACAUGGUUAGGGUUUUAAAACUGAGGGUUUCAAAUUAGGGUUUCAAAGUAGGGUUUUAAGAAUUGUUAGGGUUUCAAAACUGGGGUAGGGUCCCAAUACAAGGUUAGGGGUUCAAAGUAGGGUUUUAAAUAGUGUUAGGGUUUCAAAUUAGGGUUUACAAACCUGGUUAGGGUUUCAAAGUAGGAUUUUAAAAUGGUAAGGGUUUAAAAUUAGGGUUAGAGUUUCAAAGUAGGGUUUCGAAACAGGGUAAGGGUUUAAAAUUAGGGUUUCAAAACAUGUUUAGGGUUGCAAAAAUGGGUGAGGGUUUCAAAUUAGUGUUUCAAAACAGAAUUGGGGUUUCAAAGAGGUUUUAAAAAGAGUUAGGUUUUCAAUUUAGGGUUUAAAACAUGGUUAGGAUUUAAAAGUAGGGUUUCAAAACAGGGUUCAGGUUUCAAAGUAGGGUUUUAAAACAUGGUUAGGGUUUCAAAAUAGGGCUAAGGUUUCAAGGUAGGGUUUCAAAACUGGUUAGUGUUUUAAAUUAGGGUUUCAAAACAGGGUUGGAUUUUCAAAAUUGGGUUAGGAUUUCAAAGUAAGGUUUUAAAAGGGUUAGGUUUCAACUUGGGGUUUAAAACAUGGUUAGGACAAAAUAGGUUUGGGGUUACAAAACUGGGUUAGGGUUUCAAAUUGGGGUUUGAAAACACGGUUAGGGUUUCAAAACAGGUGAAGGGUUUCAAACCAUUUUUUUUUUUUUUUUUAAUUCUGGGUUCCAACGCCGCACCGAGUACUCGUAGCGCAAGUGCCGACCGAAGUUCUGACAAAAGGCAAAUCAAUGUUCUGCAAGAGCGCCGGCGCUCGUGCUCGUGCAUGUGUGAAUGUGAAAUUCUGGACAAAAAGCACCAAAGGGAGAAGUGGCCAUUGCCCUCGCAACUCGUCGUCAAACAUUUGUUUGGCUUUAUUGCUUGCACUCGGCAUACCGGCGGAGAUCCUUUCAGUUUCCUUGUUUACAGUGACAUCUUGUGGCUAACCAGCGGAACUUGUAACUCUUGAAUCGAGUCACCCUCGUCGCUCCUGAGGCACAUCACAGCUGCGCGUGGAACGAACGCAUGCGAGCGGACUUUCCGGGGUUGACGCUAGCUAGGCUGGACAUAAAAAAAGAAAAAAAUAAACAAGCAUUUCAUUUCAAAAUAACAAUUAAUUAAAAAAAAAAAAAAAAAACAAUCACACGGUAAUGAUAACGUAUUCAUCAUCGAUGACGACCUCUUUGGAGCAACUCAAACUCUUAAGUGAAUUCUUGUGAAAACACCUUCACCGUUAUUUCUUUGAAGGCAGUUGUGACUUCGUUUUGGAUAAAAUGCGCAGCGGGACGAAAGACUCGUUCGAAACAAAAUGUUACAUUAACAAGUUCGAGUUGGCAGACGUUUGUUAAGUUAUUUCAGGGACAAAAUGUCUCGAGUGAAAGCAAUUCCACAAAAUGCCAAUGGAAUGGACUUGAUAAGAUUCUGAAAAAGACGAUCUUGGAUUUUCAAACAAGUCUUUUUUUCUCGCUGAAAAUGGAGACAAAAAGUUCCAAGUGUCAAAUGUUUUCCCUCAAAGAAAGAAAUUCACUAAGAUUUUGCAUUUCUGCAGCGUGCUGGGACUUCUCAAACUCAUCAUCGAGUUCAGUAGUUCAAAACAAAAAGUGACUCCCGCAUACAAUUGUAGAAAUACACUUCAAAAGGCUCAUUCCCACCUCACUUCGAGAUUUCAAAUCAUUUUGACGACGCCAACACUCAAAUGUCUUGAGACGGAAUUUUUGGGAUGAAAUAUUUCAGCGCGUGUCGAGAACCAACACGAUUUGACGAUAUUCGACUUGUGAAGUCAGCGAAGCAAGGCUGCACAGAGAUUCUUAAUGAUUGAGUAUUUUAUAUCAAUUCACCUUGCACAAUGAACGUCCCAAGAUUAGUAGAACAGUUGUGUUUUCUGUGUUAGGCCGCACGACUGACCAUUACGAAAGGCUCGUUUGCGCAUAUAUGAUGGCAAUAAAAAAGGAGAUUGAACGAAUACUUCAGUGAAUUCUGGAACACGUUCUCAAACUUAAAACAGAAGAAAUGACACAGCAGAAAGGUGGGGGGGGAAAACACAAUCAAAAAAUGAAGUCACAGAAGUCAAUCGCAAAGUGAAGAGUUAUCGAAGGCAAGCUGCAGCGCGACCCGCUCCACGGCAACGCGACGCUCGCUUUACCGAGACGUGUUCCGCAUUGACCUGGCUCGCGCCCGGAAUCCCGGACCGGGCGCGGCCCGGCCCUCUCGGCCGAAUAAAUAGAAAACCAAACGGAGAAAGACCAACGAGAGAGGAAAGAGAAAAGGGGCCGUGUGUUUUGGUCGGAUGGUUAACAGCGAUACACGUUCGCAGGUUACGAGGACGCGGGCGUCGUCGCCGCGGGAGGCCGCAGUUCCGUCACGUUUGCGGCGUCGCCCGCGGGCAGAACGGGGGCCCCGCCCUGAGGCAGGAGGGGAGUCAGCUGGGAGGGCAGCAUGG